AUGGCGGGGAGAGGGAAAUUAAUCGCGGUGAUUGGUGACGAGGACACGGUGACUGGCUUCCUACUGGGCGGCAUAGGGGAGCUUAACAAGAACCGCCAUCCUAAUUUCCUGGUGGUGGAGAAGGAUACAACCAUCAAUGAGAUUGAAGAUACUUUCCGGCAGUUUCUAAACCGGGACGACAUUGGCAUCAUCCUCAUCAACCAGUACAUCGCAGAGAUGGUGCGGCACGCCCUUGAUGCCCACCAGCGCUCCAUUCCAGCUGUCCUGGAGAUCCCAUCCAAGGAGCACCCCUAUGAUGCUGCCAAGGACUCGAUCCUGCGCAGGGCCAAGGGCAUGUUCACUGCAGAAGACCUGCGCUAGGGGACUCCCCCCAGCCCUUUAGCCCCUUGCUUGUUGCCAGGCCUCUCCCAGGCUUGCCAUCCUUUGUUUCAAGCCUCUAGUUUUCAAUUCACACUCCUUUCCCACUCCACUGAGAGGCUGGGUGAGGUAUUUGUAGGCUCUGCCAUUAAAAUCCAGGCUGGUUAGGGAACAGGAAGCCCAACCAUCUUCUCUCUCCAUUACUUCUUCCCUGUGCUGAUGAUACACGGUGUCGUUAUUGAUGUUAAAUUAAAACAAUAUUCUUGCUUCUCUUCA